AUGGACCAGAGCCGCACUAAGAAAGAAGCUUUGGAGAAACUUUUUGAUCCAAAAGAGUUUUUGAAAACAUAUUAUUCCUUUGACUCCACAAGCAGUGAAAAAAAUGAUAUUUUGAUGUUUCUUUUGAGAAACUUCUUUAAGACCUUCAUUUUGGGUAUUUUGCAUUCCAAACCAGAUGGCGUUAAAGGCAACACCUUGAUUCGAAUUGGCGGUGUGCCCAGCAUUCUCGAACUCCUUUCUGCCUGUGAGUCCUCCAAGGAGAUCAUCAUCACACAGAAUAGGGCUCGGAACUGCCAGGAACUGCAGAAAUGGCUAAAGAAAGAGCCGGGAGCGUUUAACUGGACUCCGGUGGUGAAAUACGCGUGUGAGCUGGAAGGGGACAGGAAAAAGUGGGCUGAGAAGGAAGAGAAAUUACGAAGAACAGUCAAGCAGGUUCUGGAAUGUGAUGUCACCAAAUUCAACCCUGUGACCUUUGCCUCUCUGCCCCCUGCUGACUGCCUGCUCAUCUGCCAUUGUUUAGAAGGAAUUUGCAAAGACCUGAGUACCUACCGUGCUGCACUGAAGAACGUCAGCUCCCUGUUAAAGCCAGGGGGUCACUUGCUGAUGGUGACCCCAAUGAAGUGUAGUCAUUUUGUAGUUGGCCAACACAAGUUUCCCUGCCUCUUUCUGGAGAAGGAGGUUCUGGAGGAAGCAGUGAAGGAGGCUGGUUAUGAUAUUUUGCAGUUUGAGGUGACUCCCAUAUGCCAUCCAGCUAGUUUGGUAGAGCAUGAGGGGAUCUGUUACCUAGUUGCUUCCAAAGGGAAGGGCAAAGAAGUUUAAAGAGAAAAUACAUCAGCUCAAUGCAAGUAGAGAGGCAGAAUAGAUUAGCUGUAGAUGCUGGUAGACCUGAAGCUCAACGUUCAAUGUGGAGCUUUGAUGAUCUCCAAGAACUUUGGAGAACCAGUUUGUUCAGGAUCCACUAGCUUGAACCCCUUGUUGUGCCACUAAAGCUGCCCUCAUCCCCGUCCUUUCCCACUCAGAGCUGCCAUAACGUCUCCCUGGCCUCCAACCCCACUGUGCUUCAUCCAGUGUAGCUGCACCCCACUGGGCUUCAUCUUCCCCCUGCUCUUGCCAUGUUUUGCCUAGGCCAUGCUGCAGCUGUGCAGCUAAUAAAACCCAUCUACAGGCCCAACCACCCCAGAUUUUAGGAACAGAGGUUCUGCCCCUGAGCUGCCUCUGGAUUCAAAUUCUGCAAAUAGCUCCAUUUGAUAAUGGGCUGAGCUACUCCUUUCUUACCUCAAAUUUUGCAACUGGCUCCCAUGUCACGUGUUUAGCUUUGUGCCUUUCUAUGCAUCUGCAUUAGACUGUAAACUCCUUGGGGCAGCCAUCCUGCCGCCUUGGGAGUCUUGUCUCCCGGCAUUGCGAGCAUGGCUCACAUUGUACACAUCAUCCUCAAUACUGCCUAUAACCUCGCUGUGAUUUUAAUAUUGAUCCGUUUGAACUGAUUGGCUGGGGCCUGACAGCUGCACUGGGCCAUGGUGUUGGUUGAUUGAUUUGUUUUGGUGAAUAAUUGUAAUCUCCACCCAGUCAGUGCUUACCUAAUAAAGAUCUGUUUCCCAUAUG